GCGGCCAUCUUGGAUUCAGCAGUCUGGCUACAGGCGGCUUAGUUUUGGGGAUGGGUGGAACUGGAGCCAAACUUGGAGAUUCCAGGGUGUAAUUUUUUUCAGGAAUUGUGUGGUGUGUUCAGUUGGACUUUGGGCAUUUUGGUGGAACUCGGUUAACUUCUCAAAGCCGCGGUAGACCUUUGUUUGUAAGCGGUUCUAACCUGAAGUCUCGGCUAGCCGCUGUGUACAGUUCGCUGGGCCUGUUUAAACUGUAUGGGUUUGGUUUCAGGAGAACUUUUUUAUUUGACAGCGUUUCGGACACCUUUGGAAGGCGGUUAUGGUGGACGCUGGGGAAGUUUGUGUUGUGUGCCACCGGUUGGACCCCCAGUGCUGCUGUGUGGUGUGUAAAUGACUUUAUUCAUGUGGACUGGCGUUGAAAGUUCUCCCUCGGAUCUGAUCUCCUCCAUGGUCUUCAUCAGCUGUCGGAUAGCUGCUUUCCAGCCCUGUUUGAGACCGACGAGCUGCCAGUAGACACACUCGGAAAGGAGAAGCACUUUGGAGCUCGACACGCUUUAAAAUGUCAACGAGGACCCCUUUACCCACAGUCAAUGAGCGCGACACGGAAAAUCACACUUCACACAGUGACGGGCGGAACGAUGGCGCAACGAGAUCCAGCCGCUCCGGGGCGCGAUGCCGCAACUCCAUCGCCUCAUGUGCCGACGAGCCACAUAUCGGCAACUAUCGGCUGCUCAAAACCAUCGGCAAAGGCAACUUCGCCAAGGUCAAACUGGCGCGACACAUCCUGACUGGACGGGAGGUGGCCAUAAAAAUUAUUGAUAAGACACAGCUCAAUCCGACCAGUCUCCAAAAGCUCUUCCGAGAAGUAAGAAUAAUGAAGAUUCUGAAUCAUCCAAAUAUUGUAAAGUUGUUUGAGGUCAUAGAAACAGAGAAAACCCUUUAUCUGGUGAUGGAGUAUGCCAGUGGAGGGGAGGUGUUCGACUACCUCGUAGCACACGGCCGGAUGAAGGAGAAGGAGGCCAGGUCUAAAUUUAGACAGAUUGUAUCAGCUGUACAGUACUGCCAUCAGAAACACAUUGUGCACAGAGACCUCAAGGCAGAGAACCUGCUGCUGGAUGCAGAUAUGAACAUUAAGAUAGCAGACUUUGGCUUCAGUAACGAGUUCACGCUGGGCAACAAGUUGGAUACGUUCUGCGGCAGUCCACCAUACGCCGCUCCAGAGCUCUUUCAGGGAAAGAAGUACGAUGGUCCCGAGGUGGACGUCUGGAGCCUGGGGGUCAUUCUCUACACGCUAGUCAGUGGCUCGCUGCCUUUUGAUGGCCAGAACCUGAAGGAACUGCGAGAGCGAGUGCUAAGGGGAAAGUAUCGCAUUCCCUUCUACAUGUCGACUGACUGCGAAAACCUCCUCAAGCGCUUCCUGGUGCUCAAUCCUAUCAAGCGGGGUACACUUGAGCAAAUCAUGAAGGAUCGGUGGAUCAACGCUGGCUUUGAGGAGGAUGAACUCAAGCCCUUCGUAGAGCCCGAGCUCGACAUCUCCGACCAGAAAAGAAUAGAUAUAAUGGUGGGAAUGGGUUACUCCCGUGAAGAGAUCCAUGAGUCUCUGACUAGGAUGAGGUAUGAUGAGAUCACCGCAACCUACCUGCUGCUGGGGAGGAAGCCCACCGAGUUGGAUGCUGCGGACUCGAGCUCCAGCAGUAACUUGUCCCUGACCAAAGUCAGACCCAACAGUGAGCACAACAAUGGCCAGUCACCAUCUCACCUCAAAGUCCAGAGGAGCACGUCCAACCAGAAACAACGGCGCUACAGUGACCAGGCUGGUCCAGCCAUUCCCUCGGUGGGUUACCCCAAGAGGAGCCAGACCACCGCAGCAGAUAAUGAGCACAAAGAGGAAAGCAGUGCCCAGCCUCGCAAAUCCAGUUCUUCUGGCAGCCGUGGCAUGGCACCCCCUAGCCCCCUGCUGGGCAACGCCAACAACCCAAACAAGGCUGACAUUCCUGACCGAAAGAAGGGUUCCACUGCCCCUGGGAGUAAUUCUGUCUCUGGGGGGAUGACCAGGAGAAAUACCUAUGUUUGUACCGAACGCAAUGCUGGGGACCGGCAGUCUGUCAUCCAGAACGGCAAAGAAAACAGCCUGAGUGAAAUGUCAGCGUGUGCCGGCGCAAGUCCAUCUCCAUACGCCGCUGCUCUCACUGCUUCGUCUGCCUCGGUCCGUCUGAGGCACCACAAAGCCACACCAAUUACAGCUUCAGGCCACGCCUGCCGCUCUACACUGCCCCCUAGUGACAGCCCCUCUGAACUCUUCAGGCUCAACACAAGCACAGCUUCUUCGCAGCGAAACCCUGGGGCCUCCACUCACAGCAUCAGUAGCGCCACGCCACCAGAUCGCCUACGUUUCCCACGCGGCACGGCGAGCCGCAGCACCUUCCACGGUGGCCAGCUGAGAGAGCGACGUACAGCCACGUACAACGGACCCCCCGCCUCACCUACGCUCUCACAUGAUGCAACACCGCUCUCACAGUCACGCAGCCGUGGGUCAACCAACCUCUUCACCAAACUCACCUCCAAGCUCACACGCAGAAACAUGUCAUUCAGGUUUACCAAAAGUCGGAACGUAUCCGGGGAUCAGAAAGAGGAUCAGAAAGACACCAAACCACGUUCCCUGCGCUUCACCUGGAGCAUGAAGACCACCUCAGCCAUGGAGCCCAGCGACAUGAUGCGUGAGAUCCGUAAGGUGCUCGACGCCAACAACUGCGACUACGAGCAACGCGAACGCUUCCUGCUGCUCUGCGUCCAUGGCGACGGCCAUGCCGAAAGCCUCGUUCAGUGGGAGAUGGAGGUGUGCAAGUUGCCCCGUCUCUCUCUCAAUGGCGUACGCUUCAAGCGGAUAUCAGGAACAUCCAUUGCUUUCAAGAACAUAGCUUCAAAAAUUGCCAAUGAGUUAAAGCUGUAAAAAAAUUAUCAAAAUGUGAAAGUGACAAAAGGGCCGAGGCAUAUAAAAAUCUAUUUUUUUUCCCCUGUCUGUUGAAAAAAAAAGUAGCAGAUUCAAGGAUUGUUUCUCGAAUGCUCACAGAAAUGUGUAAUAAAAUGUAUAGACUCAUGCCUUAGGUGGUAUUAUUAUUAUUAUUAUUAUUAUUAUUGUGACUGGUGGUCUAAAACUGUAUGGGAAAGAAGUGAUGGUUGGUGGUUUUCUUUUUAUUUAUGCACUGCUGCAUUAGGUGCCCAAUAAGCCUAUAGGUAACCCUUCAUCUAAAACAGAGGGAUGAGUCAGUGUUUCUUUUCAGGGCCGUGCCUGCCCACAACUCCUUCGGUGUCUUUUUCGAUACGAAGCAAAAAUGGCCAUGACAUUGUGUGUUAUUUGUUAGAUAGGAAAACUGUACGCAUCCCCACCUCCCAACGCUGCUGGGAGCAGAAUAGUCCCAUUUCUCCCUCCUCAGACAGGAAGUGACAUCGACCUGUUGGACUGAACUGUUCUACAUGCCUAAUGGUGGACAGGAUCUGCUUAUUUAUAGACUGUGGUGCCAUGAAUCUGCUCGCAGAUGCAGCUUGGUGAGGUCGCAGGAGGGUUCAGCCACAGCAGCACCUUAGUGAAACCUCAUGGUUGUAAUGCAUUGUGAGACUUUGACUAACAAUUUUCAGAGAAUUAAAAGACUUAUUCAGAGCAGGAAGAUUUUCCUUCCUGGUCUGUUGAUAUAUUUAGUUUAUUUCCAUAUGAAGUGUUUUUUUUGUUUUUUUUUUCUUUUGUAAUAUAUAUAUUAGAAGUUGCUGAAAUGUUUAUAUUCUGAUGAGGCAAAAAAGGGCCUUUGGAGGAGUCAAGCUCCUGAGUUACGAUGUCGUUUUUCAGGCCUCAGUAUUCACUCCCAUCCAUAAAGAAACCAUGGCACUGUUUUUUUUUUUGUUUGUUUUUUUUGGAUUGUAAAUAAUGUACCUUAGUUUUGCAACAGCAACAUAUUGAUAUACUUUUUCUUUUCUAAAUCAUGCUGUGAGUUGGAAACUAUGGAAAUUAAUGUACUCAUCACAAGAUAAGGUUAAUCAGUGUCUUCAUUAAAACACCUAAAACUAAAA